GUAAACCCAACAAUGGCGAGCGGGAUUCUCCUCGCCGUCUCUCUACUCACAUCUUUCCUCAUCGCCAUCUCGACCUUCCUCGCCUCCCGCAUUCUUAACUCCCGUCGCCACCGGAAGAGAGCGGUCGCUUUCUUCCACCCUUACACCAACGACGGAGGCGGAGGCGAACGAGUCCUCUGGUGCGCCGUCAAAGCGAUACAGGAAGAGAUCCCCGAUAUCGAUUGCAUCGUCUACACCGGCGAUCACGACGCCUCCCCUCAAUCCCUCGCCGCCCGCGCCACCGACCGAUUCGGCGUCCAAUUGCUCCGCCCGCCGAAGGCGGUGCAUCUCUACAAGAGGAAAUGGGUCGAGGAAUCCACGUACCCUCGAUUCACCAUGAUCGGCCAGAGCUUGGGCUCGAUUCUUCUCUCCUGGGAAGCGCUAUCGAGCUUCACUCCUCUCUAUUACUUCGACACGAGCGGGUACGCUUUCACUUACCCGAUUGCCCGAUUGUUCGGGUGCAAAGUCGUUUGCUAUACGCAUUACCCGACGAUCAGCUUGGACAUGAUCUCCCGCGUCCGUCGCCGGAGCUCCAUGUACAACAAUGAUGCCUCGAUCGCUCGCAGUGGUUGGCUAUCGCGAUGUAAGCUAGUCUAUUACACGUUCUUCAGCUUGUUGUAUGGGUUGGUUGGUUCUUGCGCACAUUUAGCCAUGGUGAACUCUUCCUGGACUCGGUCUCACAUCGAGAAGCUGUGGCGAAUUCCUGACCGGAUUAAGCGAGUCUACCCACCUUGUGAUACUUCAGGGCUGCAGGUGCUUCCACUGGAGAGGCCGGCAGAGACUCCAGUAUUCAUUUCUGUUGCACAGUUCCGCCCAGAGAAGGCUCAUCCUCUGCAACUAGAGGCCUUCGCACUUGCCAUUACUAGGUUGGAUGGCAAGCUGCCAAGACCAAAGCUACUGUUUGUUGGUAGCUGUAGAAACAAAGCAGAUGAGGAGAGACUGCAGAAGUUAAAAGAUCAAGCUGUUGAACUGAAGGUAGACGGGGAUGUGGAAUUCCAUAAGAAUGUGAUGUACAGGGAGUUGAUCAACCUGCUAGGAGGUGCAGUUGCAGGGCUGCAUUCUAUGACGGAUGAGCACUUCGGCAUUAGCGUCGUUGAAUACAUGGCUGCAGGAGCUGUACCAAUAGCUCAUAACUCAGCUGGUCCAAAAAUGGACAUUGUGUUGGAAGAAGAAGGGAAUCAGACAGGGUUUCUAGCCAAGACGGUUGAAGAAUACGCAGACGCCAUAGUUAAAGUCAUAGAGAUGCCAGAAAAUGAGAGGCUCAAGGUGGCCGCAGCCGCCAGGAGAAGGGCAGGCAAGUUCUCAGAGCAAAGGUUUUAUGAAGAUCUCAAAGCUGCUAUUCGACCUGUAUUACGAAACUAGCUCCUAACACAGGAGAAAAUGGAGUUAGUAGGAAUCUGUGACCUUAACUGUAGUUGAACGAUUGGGCCAUUGUCUUUUUAUUUGUAUCAUAUUGCUAUUCUCGUCUCCCUUACCCCCUUGUGUAAGCGAUUUGAUGAAGCAAUCCCUUUUGAGUUCGGAUAAUGGAUUGACAUACUCUGUCGAACUUUUAGUUGCAGAAACACAAAAGAAAUAUACUUGGAUUACACUUAAUCUUCCCACCAUUAGGUUAAUCAUUCGAUUGGAGCCGAGCUGAUUAUAAUACCACGCGAAAAAUGGUAGUUUAAUGGUAUAGUUGUGGUUUAAUCAAUAGCAUAUCGGUUU